UGCUCCUGAACUUCGGAAAAAUACUGAAAACAGAAUCUGACAAAAAGAGACAACAGUAUUCUCAGGUUGUUUAAGCAUCUGCUCUUCACUAGAUCUACUAGAUCAUCUGAGGGAUUCGACUGAAUCAAGAUGCUGCUGAUCAUUGAAGCUCUUCUGCUUAUUUUAGCUGCUCUAGGACAGGAUCACAGAGGUGCUGGUGCUGCAAGAAAGAUAUAUCCAUUGGAUAUGGCACCAAAUUCUGUUGAUGACCAAUAUGAGGGCUGCACAGAGAAAAUGGCAGACUUGGUGAAAACUAAAUAUCUGAAGAUGGAAAUCAGUAACUCAGCUGAAUUUAAUAACACUUGGCAUGAUGGUGAAAAUAAAGCCAAGAAUCCAGAGGAUAAUUUGAAACAGAUUCAUUCAGUUGCCAUUUAUGUGUACACUAACAAUAAUUCUGAUGUAUAUCGUAAUUUCAAUAACGUUGUCCGUAGUGAGAAACAAAAAUACAAAGACAAGACAUUCACAUGGUAUUCACUUCACUUUUUGUUAACAGAUGCAACAAAGAUUCUGAAGAAAACACAAACUAAAUGCUAUUCAACAUAUCGUGGUACUCCAGUUGAAUUUGCUAAGGACGUUCUGAACAAAGAGAUUCGUUUCGGCUCAUUUACGUCCUCCUCGUUUGAUCAAGCAGUAGCAAGUGGUUUCGGACCUAGAUCUUGUUUUGAAAUUGAAACUUGUGAAGGUGUUUCUGUGAUAAAAUACUCUAAGUACCCUGACCAGGAAGAGGUGCUGAUUCCUCCAUAUGAGACGUUUAAAGUCACUGAUGUCAAGACGAAAGGGCAGAAAGGUGCCUGGUGUGACACUGUGUUCACUCUGAAAAGCACUGGAACAGUAAGUUACCUGAACUGUGGUGUUGAUGCAAAACUAGUUCAAGACAGGGCAAAACUUUAA